AUGAGCCUACCUGGUGAUGGUGGAGAAGAGAGCUUUCGAUUGAGCUUUGUUCUUCCUUCUUCAAAGCUUUCUCAGAGCUCUUUGUUCAUUGAUACAGAUGAUACAUAUGAUGUAAAGAGUGCCUUACCUGGACCAGAUCUGAGAACACUUCUUGGUCUUCCAAUCCUUAAACGAAAAGCCCCAGUUUUAUUAAACUUUGUCCCCACAUACAAAUCCACUUUACCCGACGUCCCUCGAAAGAGGAAAAAGAGUCUCUCUCCACCAACAGCCACAACCUUAACUGCUCCUACAUCUCGGACGGAUCAAGAGUCCACAUCUGACCCAGCCGAUCUUCCAUCAACUUCGGCUCCCUUCUUGAUACCAAUUCCUGAACGUAAACGCCGACGAAGGCUAGUAAAGACUGCCGAGAUGGUUCGUCCGAGGCCUGUCGUUCAAGACCUUCUCGCCGAUAUUCCAACUGAUGCCGAAGCCACACCGGCGCAAUCAAUGCUCCCCCCCAAACAAAAGAGAGUAAAAAAGGCUCAGCCUAAGGCCAAGACUACAGACGCCGAGGCUGAGGAUGCCCUGCCGAUUUCGAAGCUAGCUGAGAGCAAAAAAUCAACCUCUACUUCAACUAAAAGGUCUGCUGAGGGCCAACCCUCAGGAUCUACACAAACGAAGAGGCCAAGGUCAUCGUCUGCGACGACCUCGGCUUCGAAGAAGCCCGACGUCCCAUGGGCUCCUGAUCUAUCUCUGGAGGAUAGGCCUAUCAUGGCUAGUGAAAGUGCUGAUGAUAUCAAUGUUGCUGUCGCCCUUAGCACCGCUCUUCUUCUACCAAAUGACUUGGAGCGAAAUGCCAAGCUUAGUGAGUAUGAAAAUUACGCUCUUAUGCUCCAACACUCUACCGCUCAAAGAGAGAUAAGGACUCUUGAAGCAAAAAUGAAAAAACUGGAGGAUCAGGCCGAGGCUGCAACGAAGAACCAAACCCUGGCUCUUGAAAAGGCCGAAGCUGCUGAAGCCGUUAAAAAGGUAGCUGAAGCUGAGAAAAGGGAGGCCGAGGCUCAGAAGGUCCAAGCGCAAAAAGAACUCCAACAAGCUCUGGCCACCAAGGAGGCCGAAGUCAAAGAGGCCGAUGAAAAGGCCUAUGCUCAAGGUAUGGCCGACGUUGCAGAAGACUACAAACUUCAGCUUGAUCUCCCUGCUGACUCGGCACUGCGCCAGGCUGAUGCUAAUCUUUUACCAUUUCCUCCUCCAAGUCAGACUGAAGAUGAGUCAGAGACCGAGGUAGAGGCUGAGGAUGAAGACGAAGAGAAAAAUGAUGAGGAUGCUUUAGUGAGGAAGUCCAAGGGUGCUGCUGAGGCCAAGUCCUCUCUUCCAGCAGAGCAAAUUUUAGACUUAACUCAAGAUGAAGUGGGUGAUGAGGCUGAGGAAGUGUCCAAGGAAUCUGUUCAAGGGUAUCCAUCACCUGACCUCCUUCUGACUGACAGAAGUCUUGACGCAACCUUGGCAGAGAUAGAUGCCGAAAUACAAGCGGAGAAGGCGGCCGAGGAGAUUCCACCGGAAUCAUCCGAGGUUCCAGUUCCUGCUGCCGCUGAUGUUCAAGAGUCUUGA